CGGCGUUGCCGGUUCAGUCGUCGUGCGGGAGUGGUCGUCGAGGGAUGUGUGGCAUCGUAACCGCGAGUGUGGCCGAGGAAUAAAAGAGCCGGCGUUUUAGUUUUCACGUUCGCGCUUAGCCCACGCUCUCCUCGUUCGUCCGUCUCGCGCGCGCGUGCUUCGGAGGCUGUAGAGGAAAAAGGAAAGACGAAAACAGCAGAGAGAGAGAGAGGAAAAGGAAAAAGGGGGGAAAAAACAUCCCCGGGUAAUUGGAUCGUGUAGUAGUCGCAGUCUGUCUUUAUCGCGGCACGCAACGUUCCUACUACGCCGCUGCUCGUCCGACUCGAGCCGGUGCACAGAUCCACGCACAGACCGUGUGAUUUACUUGAUUAUUUAUUGUACAAAGGACUGUAAGCCAUAGCCGACACAAUGUCCGUGGAUAAGGAGGAAUUAGUGCAGCGUGCGAAGCUUGCCGAGCAGGCGGAAAGGUACGACGACAUGGCGUCCGCGAUGAAGGCGGUCACCGAGACGGGAGUCGAGCUGUCGAACGAGGAGAGGAACCUGCUCUCGGUGGCGUACAAGAAUGUCGUAGGGGCGAGACGUAGUUCGUGGCGGGUAAUCUCCUCCAUCGAGCAGAAGACCGAAGGCUCCGAACGUAAACAGCAGAUGGCCAAGGAAUACCGGGAAAAGGUCGAGAAGGAAUUGCGCGAGAUCUGCUACGAUGUAUUGGGACUCCUGGAUAAGUUCCUGAUCUCCAAGGCUAGCAAUGCCGAGAGCAAAGUAUUCUACCUCAAGAUGAAGGGUGACUACUACAGGUAUCUCGCAGAAGUCGCCACCGGUGAAACCAGAAAUACGGUAGUCGAGGAUUCGCAGAAGGCGUACCAGGAGGCGUUUGACAUUGCGAAGGCGAAAAUGCAGCCUACGCACCCGAUCAGGCUCGGCCUUGCCCUCAACUUCUCCGUUUUUUAUUACGAAAUUAUCAAUUCCCCGGCUAGAGCCUGUCACUUAGCCAAGCAGGCGUUCGACGAUGCGAUCGCGGAGCUGGACACACUUAAUGAAGACAGCUACAAAGAUUCCACAUUGAUCAUGCAGCUGCUGCGCGACAACCUCACUCUGUGGACCAGUGACACGCAGGGCGACGGGGACGAGCCACAGGAGGGCGGCGACAACUAACCUUCCUAAGCUUAAGUCCUUUCUAAACCUAAUAAGAACAUCCUAUUCUCUAUCGUCCCCCCCGUCCCCCUGAAGUGCUCACCCAUAAUGUCCAUUCUAUCCGGAUCCAUCCAUCCCACGUCCACCUGACCUCUCGUCCCUCGCGUACCCUGUUUCCUUCUUUCCUUCCUUUUAAUCGCAGGCCUCCCCUUUCCUUAAAUCUCUCUCCUUUACAAAAAAGUGAUUCUUCUCUCUUUCUCUUUUUUCUCUUUUUUUAUCCUGACAUAACCGCACACUCUGCUGCCGAUACCACCGCCACAGCUACUACGUCCAAUUUGAAAAAUUCGUACGUUGAGAAUAUCCGAAUUGUUCAUUUAUAUGCUUGAUCGUGUCUUGUUGGCCAAUGAUGGCAAGAGAAAGAUCUUAAAGAUCAAACGUUGAACCUUGGUACAGGAUACCUUGAAAAGACAAGUAUAUUGAUGAAGCGUAUAUCGAGUCGAACUAACACGCUAAAAAAACCAUCAUGAGUGAGGAGGGACGAUUGAGCGGUGCGUGGAUUAUUCGGUUUCUCGACACGAAAUUUCUUGGACAAAACAAAUUCCGUUUAUCGAUCCGUUUAUAUGGAGGAACAGGAAGGAGCGAAUUAUGGAUGAAUAGAGGAAAGGACAGGAGGAGACACACACACACACACACACAACACACACUCACACUACCUCGCAUACCUUGUCUCGUCAACGCGAAAGCAGUUAAGGCGUGCGCGCAUGCGUGCACCUUAUUAUCGAUAACGCACAGAUAAAAAAGAAAGCAAACAUUAGAUUAUUGAUUAAAAGGUGAAAGUGAUGUACCGCUAAAGGGUAAGUCACACACAUUAGGACGAGACAUGGAAUGCGGAGGAUCAAUCACUGUCAUUAAUUCCAAAAUUUGUUCGCUACUUACCAUCUUAAAAGAACAUAAAAGAAACAUAAAGUUAGAACGAAAAAAGAAACGAAACAGAAGAAGCGUAAAGAAAUAGCGCGGAGGUACGAGAAGAAACGAAGAGAAAAAGUAAAAAAGCACGCAUGAAUCUACUACAUUAUAUCCAGUUGUCAUUUAAAUUAAAUUUCACAUUGUCUAGCAAGUAACGAAUAUUAUUAUACGAAGGGAAGAACGCAGGAGAAGAAAGGAGAGUAAAAACAAAUACAUUAAGUUAUUAAGUUCCAAAACAAACAUUAGUGGUGACUUGAUUUUUCAAACACUCCAUUUUUAUUUUAUUUUUUUUCUCCUCUCCUUACGACAUUACCAUCAUGAUUAUGCACACGAUUUGCAUGCAAUUUGAUAUAUCUCUUCCCACGUGGGCUCUUCUCCCCUUUCCUUUCGUCACGACUGAAAUCUUGCGGAUUCGCCCGAAAACCUGAAGUCGCGCGGCCCGAUCUAUGAAUCUAGGAUUAAUUUCCUUGAAUUCCUCUCAUCGCGUUUCAAUCUUUACACAUAAUUACACGCGGAGAGAAAAGAUUGAAUCGGUCAGGGUCAUCGGCAUAGUGCUCUAUUAUUUUCAUUGUUACAAUCGCGUUAUAACGCAAGAGAAGGAGAGGAUGUUUCUUGCCGUCGUUCAGCUCGUCGUCGCGGUCGUUCGCACAAGUUCUCCCCAAGUUUCGCGUAAUCGUGGAACGGAAUGCGGAAAAAGGAGGACGGGGAUCUUGAACAAGAGUCACUCGGAGAGUUUCCAUUGUCAUCGAGCGCAGAAAUUAUACACGUACGACACGUUAUUAAGAAAUUAUACUCUAGCGUGUCCGGACCUUCGACUUUCACUCGCUCUUUCUAUUCGACCGCUCCUCAUCUCUUUCUCUCUCUCUCUCUCUCUCUCUCCUCUAUUAUAAUAUACGCAAUUAUAUAAUAUAUACACUACAAAAAAUAUAUAUAUUUAUCACUCAUAGUGAACUUGUAGCGCGGUCGAGAAGAAUGGAGAGAGAACGAAUUAUACGCACACAACAUACACACGAAUAUAGAUAUGUAGCCAUGUAUUUACUUUUGUUUUGUUUAUUUCUGAGAAUUUUGUGAGAAAAUUACGUGUUGCGAAUUACGGUAAUUGCUUCUCAAAGAUAACGUUGUGUAAGGUAGAUUACCGAAGUCAGACUCUCUCGAGGAAAAUGAAGCUCGCAAUGCUUGAUCCUCUCGAUCGAGAUGUACACAUCGAAGAAAGUCACGGGGAAAAAUUGCACAUGCAAUUACUGAUUGGUUAAACAGAGGCGAUGCGUUAAAUAAUAAAUAAUAAAUGCAACGUAUUUAAAUUAAUUGAGCUAACAACUUAUAUAUAUGUAAAGACUUUGUUCGAUGUGUAUUACAUGUUUUGAAAAGCGAUGUAAGUAUUUCGUUCACGUUAAGAGAAAGAUAUUCUAUAUUGGAGGGAAAACUGCAAGAUUCUAACAGGAGGUCAAAGACUAUCCAAAUCAUGCUUUCUGAUCGCGUUCGUCAUCCGACGCGAAAAGAAGAAUAAAUGACGCGCAGAAGUAGGAGAAAAAGACGUGAAACGAGAAGUAGAAUGCAUCCUCUUCUCGUAUAUAUAUAUAUAUAUAUGCGUACUUUUCUCGUAUAUAUAUGUAUAAUUAAGUAUAUGUAUAUACGCGCGUGUACUGUCAGCACAUAUAUAUUCAUAUACAUUCACACAUAUACACAUUUAUAUCACGCAUAUGUAAUAUCGCUAUGGGAGACAGCCAGUUUCAGCAAAUUAGUCGCUAAUUACACGUGAAUGGGUAAACGUUUUCCUGUUAUCGCGUUGAUAUUUCUCAAUGUAUAAUCGGUGUCUUUAUCGCAACAAAAUCAUUCGUAAUUGCUGGGAAGGGAAAGACACGCGGAAACAUCGUUCGGUUGCUAGGAAGGAAGGAAGAGAAAGAAAUGAAACGAAACGAGAGUGAGACGAACGUAGAGUCGAAGAGACGAUGAGCAGUGAUUCUAAACGGCGAUUCUUAUCCACCCUUUUCCUUCCAUCGAACAGGAGUGAAAAUGAAAUGUGUAUAAAUGAAGCCUCGUAUUAUAAUUUUAUCAAUUUCACUUCUGUCGCAAUGUGUGAGUGCAAGAUAUAAAAAUUAAACCUGAAUUUUGACAAAAGUAUCUUGCGAUUUACGUCUGUUAUAGAAGUCUUUUAAUGUCAAGAUGGAGUAAGAUGAAGAUUAGAUACAGAUGAGAGAGAGAGAGAGAGAGAGAGGGAGAGAGAAGUUUAAAUGCAACAAUUUAAUGUUUGCGCGAAUAUCGCGAUUUGAUAAAGUAUGGAGAUUUUUAUGCUUGUUUCUUGUCGCCUAAUCUUGUUCUCGCAAUUUAUUCUGCUAUCGAAGAGAUUCGAGAUCAAAGAGUUAAACGAUUACAGAUAAGUAUUGUCAUCUCCCCAUAUUCAUUUCUUCCGAAAAAUCCUUAAUGAACGUUCAACGAGGGCUGGCUGGGCGAAACUGGGUAUGUGUAUGUGCGUGUGUUGUGUGUGCGUGUUAGUGUAAUUAGAAAUGGCAAAAUGCAAAGAUCAUAAUGAUGCUUCGGAGGGUAAUAUUGACUUCGAUCUUGCACAGCGAGCCUUCGGAUAAACGUUUUUUCCACUCCUAUCUCUCGUCGCAAAUCCUCUUAAAGGUUCUCUUUCACCUCCGAGUACACUGUUCCUCCUUUCGCUCCUUUCUCUCGAAUAUACUCUUUAGGGAUGUGUUUUCUAACUUUAUCUCAGCCGCCCACCAUCCGAUUCAGCAAAUCGAACAUUAACAUCUUGUGUUCUUUUCAUUUUCUGGAUAUUAUGAAUUUUCUAAAAUAAACGUUGUUUUUUUAAUAAAAAUCCUGGCAGUGACUUUACUCUCGGUCGGAAGAGAUUUCAUCUUCAUUAUCCAUCAUUAUUAGCAUCAACACCAUCUCAUCAUCAUCAGCAGCAUCAUCAUCAUCAUAAUCAUAAUCAUCAUCAUCAUUAUCAUUAUCAUUAUCAUCAUCAUUAUCAUCAUCGUCAUUGGUCAUAACGAUCGUAAUCUCUCUACAUUUUCAUCUUCAUUGUCAUCGAUAUUGUCAUCGUCAACGUCAUCAUUAAAAAUCAUCAUUAUCAUUAUCAUCAGCAGUUCCUUGGCACAUCAUUUCUCCGACCUUUGUCAUGUAUGUGUAUGUUUUUUAAUCGAAUCAAAAAUUUGAAUUUUUUUUAUUAAAACAUUUUGUGCGUACGUUGGCGAUUGCGAGAGGAGCAACGACGAUACGGCUCUUUAUUCUAUUACGAGUUCGAUCACACAAAUUCACACGAUUUAUUGUUUACAUCCUGCUCUCACCUUUUUCUUCAUCCAGAAAACUAUAGGCCAUCCACCGAUUAUCUCGCAAAAUUAAUAUUUUCCAACCAUCCAAUUCUCUUCGCCUUUUCUUCCCUUUUUCUCCCUUCUAUUUUAUCCGUUUUCUUCCUGUCCCAAAUUACGUUGUUCUAUUUGUAUUUAUCAUCAACCCAUCGUAAUUGUAAAUUAUAAUUAUUAUAAACGUUUACACGAAAUAAUAAAUUCUGAUAAAAUGUCUAAGAAAAAAAAAAUUAAAACCACGGUUGUGUCUUGCUUUGUGACGACGAUUACCAUCGUGUCGGAGAUGUUUGCACACGCUCGAUGAUGUUCCUCGGGAACAAAAGUCGAGAUUACAUAACAUGUGGACUUCAUUGCGAAUCGUUUUAAACUCUAAAGGAUUCCCGCAAUGUUCUCUUGUCAACAAGAUUUCUCAUUGGAUUGGAAUGACUGCUUUUUUCUCGGAAUCCACGAUUCGCUACGUUUUGAAUCGAUUCCGUGUUUUUUAAAAGUCGCAUAAUCUACGAAACUCCAAGUAAUUUGAGUAAACGUCUGAAACAUUUUGAUAAUGUGUAUAAGAUGAUUACUCAUCGAAUUUUGUAUCAACGCUGAACGUCAUAAGCAUGUUAAUUACUUAUCACAUUCCUAGAAACGCGUUUUCAUUGAAAUCUUAUAUCGCAAAGUCCUAUAUGUAAGUUUAUUUCAAUUUCACAAAACGAUAUAUUUUAUGUAACUUUUACUCUGCCGCGUUUUAUUAAAAAAAAGUGUGUGUGCGUGUGUGUGGGGGGGGGGGGAUUUAACAUUAUAAAUGAUUGGUUUCUUUUGCGGCAAAUUGUCGCAUUGGCAUAAAAAGAAAAAGAGAGAGAGAGAAAAUAGAGUGUUAGAAGACAACACUCGCAUAAGGGUGUGUUUGGCAUAAAGAUUAGCAAUAUCGAUAAAAUCGAGAGUAUGCAGGAGCUAUGAAGACUUUUUCAUGUAUUUAAAACGCAAAGAGAUAUUUAUUAUGAUUGCCAUUAUGGGUAUCGUUGUGCUAGAUGUAUAUCCCUCACUCUUUUACAUCCCCUUCGUCCUAUCCUACUCUACCCUGCCCUUUCCUCCCCUCCCAUUUUUCUUGUCGAUGGUAUAUCUACACAUGUACUUGUAUACACGACUUGCGUAUUAUGUAUACAUACAUAAUAUAUAUGCAUAUGCAUACAGAGGAAAUACGAUAAAAAAGAAAAAAAAACGACGCGAGAUAUACAUAUAUGUACGCGUGCCUUUUCCGACAAGAAAGGCCUACCUACGGUUAAUCAUGCUAAAUUUUUUGCACAAUUUAUACGUGUAGCCGAUACGAGAUAACGGUUUUUGCUAAAUGAGAGUAGCGAAUUACCACUUAAAUGCGCGAGUGACAGGACGCGAAGUGGUCGCGCAUUGGUGAGGAAUAAAUUCGCGAGUUAAAAAGAAAAACGGGGAAACAAGAGGAGAAAUUCCGAGCGUGCGAGCGACGUUUUCCACCUCAUUUCGUCCGCCGCGAAAUCGCUCGAUAUUGGCGCAGCCACUUGUCGCGAGACUAGAUAGAGAGACGUGUAGAUCCAGGGGAAUCUCAACCCUCGUGGGUCGCGCGACGCGUCCUUCGACAGCCCGGGAGUCGGUACGGACGAGGAUUGAAAUCCGAAAAAGAAAUCUCGGAUUUCCGUUUCCGAGAAAGGGAGAGAAAGAAAGAGAGACCUCUCGUCCAGGACGGGGUUGAGAGUCUCCGCGUUUAGUAGGUGUAGAAUACCAUUUUUGUGCGGUAGACGAGCUCCGCAGUAGACAUUCCUAAGGACACCGGGGCGGCAAAACUCGAAGGGAUUGCUACUUUAGCUUAACACGACUUCGUUUUCGCGUUAACCAGAUUUGUACUGAGGAUUUUUUAUUCAGAUCACACGGAAACGCGUUAGUGAUUUAAGUGAACGACGAGAAGAAAAUUAACUUCCAUUCACAUAGAUAUAUGAAAGCUUAAAGGGGUACUUAAAUCUAGAGCGUCACUUUUCGAGACCUUUCUUGUAAAAGUAGAAUAAGGUCUUUUAAAAUAAAAAAUUUUCUAUUAAAAAAAAAUAUAUAUAUAUAAAUAUUUUUGAAUUUUUAUCUUUCAACAAUCGUCAAAAUGACAGUACCACAAUUUACAUCACAUGCUGACUUUACGGUCAUUUGAAAAAAUCUUAUACUUUCAAAAAAAAAAAUCAGAACACUUGUCGCUCUAGGUAUAUGUUCCUUAAUGAAAUUACUUUGACUCGAUCAUAUUUUGUAAUGUAUGAAUAUUUUUACGAGUUUACAGGAAUAUAUCAAAACCUUUUGUUUUGCAUCACAUUGCCAUGGCGCUUUGGUGUAUUGCAUCAGGUGUAUACGCUUGAUGCAAUGUUGCGUCAAUUCGCCUUUGAUUUUCGUCGCCGCGCGAGUCUCGCUAGAACGAAGUUUUUUCCUCGGUUUUGCUCUUCUACGAUUGUAGCCUGUUUUUAGCUGUCAUCCCAAGAAAGAAAAACCCUCGCUCCUCACCCGUUCCCCCGCCCCUCCCUCAUUAUAAAUCAAUGCCGUUUCAAUCGAAUAUAAUACACGUUAAAUGGAUUAACAAAGAAACAAGAUGACGCUGAUACUUGGCGGGGUGGUGUUUGUAAAUAAAAGCUGUAAAAGCGA